GUAAGAAAAUAUUGUAAGAUGUGUGUUCUUAAAGUAUUCGGACUUUGUAAAGUAUCUUGUUCCGUGUUUCUCGUUGCUGUAGCAAUCGCAAUUUCAGUGGUCGUUUUGCUAUCACAAAGCGUUGAUGGCUCAGGUGGCAAUGGUCCGCACAGUUGCAAAUGUGAACAUUACGGCUGUGGAUGCUGCCAACAUAUUAAAGUACAUCGGGUUCAUUUAGAUGACACAGUCUGUGCGAAUGUAACUUACCUCCCUGACGAUAUUGGAGUUUCACUGACCAUCACAUUCGACUCUUACGCAGUUUUUAACACAACAGUGUCAGUUCGAAACCCUCCACCUAUCUGCAUUGGGCAAGAUUAUGUGAAAGAGUUGGAAGCUGAAAUUUGUAUACGAUUCUAUGACUUGGAUGCUAAUAAGCACCAUCUCCAUGGCUGCCUAAAGUUUGACGUUGAGCUUUAUAAAUUGAAACUGGCCAGUUACGACCUUGGAUGCUUCAACAUGGGAAGUAACAAUGUGAACAUGACAUCAAAUGCUCUGAGGACAAUUUGGUCUAAAAUCAAAGCGCCACAAGUCAAUAUGAUAUAAGUCAUACCAUCGCAUAUAUUAAUCUUCCAUUUCAAGAUACAUGUAUAAGGUAAUAUAAAGUUAUUUGACUAAGUAUUUCUAUUUUUGUAACGAGUAAAAAUACAUUUCAUAUGGAUUUAUUAAAUAUAAAUGCACACAAUUUUCCACUUUGGAAAAGCAUAGAAUGUAUGUCGAAAAGUUGUAUUGAACUAAUUUUCACUUUAGUUUAGCAUUGCAAUCAGAAGUUUCUUCCACCCCCCACUGCAAUC